UUCGUCACACAAACAAAACUUUGGUAGUUCAAUGGCAAAUACUCAAGAAACCAAAAAAAUUGUGAAAACUUAUUGCAGAGGCAAUGUGAAGAAGUUUCUUAAGGAGACCACAUUGCAUGGCUUGAAAUAUCUAGCUGAUGAUAGUAUCACCAUCUGGGAGAAGUUCUUCUUUUUGUGCGCCUUUCUUGCGGCCAUUAUAGUAACGGCCAAUCUAAUUGCGAAUGUGUAUGCCAAAUGGAUUAGCACACCCGUAAUUAUUGGCAUAAGCCCACAUCCCACCUCCAUAUUGAGUACACCUUUUCCAGCUAUAACUGUUUGUAAUAUGAAUCAGGUGAUGGCGAGYCGUGUAGCGAAUUAUACAGCCGAUUCCAGCGAGGGUGUCUUAGUAAAMCUACUGUGCAAUAUGGGAUCAAUAGUGGAUGAAAAAGUAAUGGAAUCGCCAAAUUUUCAGUCUAACAAUUUGACAUUUUCAACAUUUUUACUUCAGCACGCCCAACCUUGCUCUCGUAUGUUACUCUCUUGUUCGAUUGGUUCCUCUGUACAGAACUGCUCAGAUCUAUUUCAUGAAAUCAUGACAGAUGAGGGUCUUUGCUGCGUUUUCAACGUUUUACAUCCUGAUUUUCUAUUUAAGGGCAACACUAAUAAAAUAAUUAGCGACUAUGAACGUGCCGAUGACGCUAUACCGAUCGAUUGGAAUCCGGAAAGUGGUUAUCCUAAACUUUUACCAAAAAAUUACUAUCCACGUGCAGCAUCUGGAACGGGUGUAUCAAUGGGUCUAACGCUGAUAUUAGACGCCGAAAUAGAUAACUAUUAUUGCUCAACAACCAAUGGACCAGGUUUUAAGAUCGGCAUGCACAAUGCAAUCGAAGCGACUAAAAUCAGAGAAACCGCGCUCAUUUUGCCCUUGGGUUUCGAGAGUCGUUUACGUAUCGAUGUCAUUAGUACCGAAGCCACCGCCACCGUACGCAAUUUGCGCCGCAAUGACCGCCAGUGUCUGUUUAAUGGCGAGGGGAACUUACUCUAUUUCGCACAUUACUCGCGACGCAAUUGCGAGAGCGAAUGUCAAGUGAAAUAUAUCUAUGAACAAUGCAAAUGCGUACCGUUCAAUUUACCGCUGCUUUUUGAAAAUGCAACCAUAUGUAAUGUACAACAAACAAAUUGUACCAGUUUAGCCGAAAAUAAGUGGAUGAAGGGUGAUGGGGGCAGUAGUUGUCGUAAAUGUUGUUUACCCGCUUGCUUUGAUUUGAGCUAUAAAGCCGAUGCUACUUCGACACCUUUACGCGCUUACAACUAUCUGACCCCACCAAGUAUACURAAGAAUAUGUCAAUGGAGUAUAUUAACAAGAAUGUUGCGGUGGUGCAUUUCUUCUAUCGCGAGUCUGUAUUUCAUGGUGAUCUGAAAAAUGUCUAUGUCGGCUUUACAGAGUUUCUAUCUUCCUAA